CCUUCCUCUACACUUUCCCCGUCUCUCUCUCUCUUUCUCUCUCUACCCACGGGUUCUCAGCGGUGUCUCUAGGCGCGCGCCACCACUUGCCCCUCGCUGCUCGUUGCGCACGGACACUUCUCCACCUUCCCACUUGUAUCAUUCCACCGCCCCCAGAAGACUCCAGAGCGCCAGCCGCCACCUCGGUCUGCUCUCCCUUUCUCUUUCAAGGUUGACUUAUUAGUUUGGGCGCUGAGCUUGGACCGAAGAACUAUGUGAUUGCGGCUCGUGGGGAUUUAGUGUCGUGACAUGCUUCCAGGACCCGGCGUCUCCACAAGGAAAUGGGACUCUCUGCAUUUAUGGUUACAUGAAUGUCAGCGCUGCAGGCCAGAUGCCGGUGAUGGAGGAGCUUGUCAGUGAGAGCAACAGCAUGCCAAAGCGGAUAGCUUUGAUCUGCUUCCUGUCUCUGGUCAUGCUGAUGAGCAUCCUGGGAAACCUGCUGGUCAUGGUGGCAGUCUGCAAGGACAGACAACUCAGGAAAAUUAAGACCAACUACUUCAUCGUGUCUCUGGCGUUCGCCGACCUGCUGGUGUCGGUGCUGGUAAUGCCGUUUGGGGCCAUCGAGCUGGUGCACCAGCACUGGAUCUACGGCGAGACCUUCUGCCUGGUCCGGACGUCGCUGGAUGUCCUGCUGACCACCGCGUCCAUACUGCACCUGUGCUGCAUCGCCCUGGACAGGUACUAUGCUAUCUGCUGCCAGCCUCUGGUCUACCAGAACAAAAUGACACCUAUGCGAGUGGCUCUGAUGAUCGGUGGCUGCUGGGUUAUUCCCACCUUCAUCUCCUUCCUACCCAUCAUGCAGGGCUGGAACAGCAUUGGUAUCAACCACCUGAUUGAGCAGAGGCGCCACAGCGAGGGCAGCAACUCCACGUCCUGCGUCUUCAUGGUGAACAAGCCGUAUGCCCUCACCUGCUCUGUGGUGGCCUUCUACAUACCUCUGGUCCUCAUGGUGCUGGCCUACCAGAGGAUCUACAUCACGGCGCGAGCACACGCGCUGCAGAUCAGCAUGCUGCAGCGGGCGGGGGGUGCUGCUGCCAGCACGGACUCUGCUGACCAUCAGCGCAACCAUCGCAUGCGAACAGAGACCAAGGCAGCAAAGACUCUGUGCAUCAUUAUGGGGUGUUUCUGCCUCUGCUGGGCGCCAUUCUUUGUCACAAAUGUGGUGGACCCCUUUAUAGACUACACAGUGCCAGACAAGCUGUGGGCGGCCUGCUUGUGGCUGGGUUACAUCAACUCCAUGUUAAACCCCAUCCUCUACGCCUUCCUCAACAAGUCCUUCCGCCGUGCCUUCCUCAUCAUCCUGUGCUGCGGGAGGAAGAGGUACCGCAGGUCAUCCAUCCUGGGGUCCGGCGCUCCCUGCACAGCCACGCAGAUCAACGGCUCCACACAUGUACUCAACGGUUGCUCCUCUGCCUCCAAGCUGCUGCUCUGGUUCUGCAACACCAGGCCAGUGCCUGUCUAACUGAUGUAUGUGUAGGGCGUCUCAAGGCUCUAGCAAAUAUUCUGUCCUUCAGAACGGGAACCACACGGAGCAGAAGAAAAAGUUUCUGCACACCGCCACAGAGUCCCACGAGUCCUGCUUGUGACCAACAACUUCUCAGUCGCAUCUCCCAUGACCUCGGCUCUAACACCGUCACCACAGAGACGCUGGAAACACACCGCAGCCUUCACAGAUUCAACACAGAUGCCACAAACUCAGCAGAUCUUUAAAAAAAAAUUAAAUAAAUAAAACAGAGCCCCAAUGGGACUUUAAGGAUCUACGUGACGAAUGUGACAAUGCAAUGGUUGCAUCUGUUUUUUUUUUCAGUGGCAGGGACCUAGUGGACUGGAACAAACCCAGUUCUCAGUCUUUCUGAUGCUGUUCUCUGUCAUGCUGGUUCUCCCAUCCGCUGGCCCCAGAGACUGAGCUGUCCCAGUCAAACUGAAUCAGAGCCAGAUUGCGACGGUGAUCCAAUCAACAGGCGUGCUGGUAGCUAGCUGUGAAGUCCAGCUUGUCAUGUGGAGAACCGGCAGCUUCGGUGGAAUGUGUAGGAGAAUUUCACAGCACGAGAUCUGAUGACUGACUGGGAGUCGUGGAAGUGAAAUCAUGUUGCCAAAGCUAUUUGAUAUUGCAUAAAUAGGACAUAUUUGUGAUUAUUAUAAGAUGCUCCCUGUUGUUUUCUAGUACAAAAUCAGAAAGAUUGGAGGUAGAUUUUAGAAAGUUGUUCCUAGUUAAAUGAGCAUAAUAAGCUGAUAAACAAAGCUCUCGAAAUAAGUGUUUUUCUUUAAUAAAAGAGGCAGAGUUUAGAACAACAAUUCCUUUGCUGAACAUCACAUGUUUGAGCCUUGAUUCAAAACUAAAGACCCUUUGAGUAUCCCAGGUCAAAGUUUUUCAGCUUUUCUAAAUCCUCACUAAGCUAAAAGGAAAAUGCGGUUGCAAGGUUGCGUUAAAUCCCUGACCUGAACUGUCAAAGUGCAUUAUUAUUGAGGCUGCUAGCUCACACUCCGUGUUCAUCACUCCGUAAGGCCCCGUCUGAAUUAUUGUUUUUUUCUCGCAAUAAGAAGUUUAAUGACCACGACACAUAAAAGCUGCACAUGAAUGAUUUGGGAGUUGUGAUGAUGUUUGAGCAAUACGUGCAUUGUUACGAUGUGUGUGUGUGUUUGUGUGUGAUUGCAUUUGCAGUUUCCUGCAGUCUGUGCGUGUAUGUAUGCGUGUUUCCAUGCUGAUGAUGUAUGUUUUCAUACAAGCGGGCUUCUGAGUGUGUAUGUACAUGUCCACAUGUGUGAUGUAAAGUUCUGCUCCAUCUCGACACGCCAUGAGUCCAUGUUGAAGAAUGUACCAGAAAUGUUUCUAUGUGUUCAUAUUCUUGGAAAUGGAGAGCACAAAAGCCAACUGUUUUUCCUGUAUGCAUAAUGAACCUGCCCCUUUAA